ACAGUAAGCUCAUCAAUGAUCCUAGAGGCAUCCUAGCAAACACCCUGAGGCCCAUCUUUACCAGCACAAUGCCAAAGGACUUUGGAUUCAUCAGCUACAGCGAUCAGCCUCCAGAUGGGAGAAGUGUUUCUAAUACACAUGGCCACAGUAAAGGAGUUGUGAUGGUGGAUAAAACUGGAGACCAGGGAGUCUGGCUCCUACACAGCACACCAAGGUUCCCUCUCAGAGAUCAAAAUAAAUUCUGGCCUAAUGGUGGAGCAGCGAAUGCUCAGACAUUUAUCUGUGUAACGUUUAAGUACGACCAGUUCAGAGCUAUAGGUAAACACCUGCAGUACAUCGGAGCUUUCCCAUUUGAUGAUCAUAUUCCAGACAGCUUUCACAAAGAGCUUAAAGAUGCUAGAGAUGGGGUCAGACUUCCCCCGUCUCUACUUUCCAGUCACUGACAUCACGUGGAGGUCAGCUGUUUGGUAGCAUUGCUAAACAACAGUCAAAUAUAGUAACAGUUGGAGAUCUUUACGUCUCUAUUGCUUCACUACCAGAGGUAAACAGUGAUUUGUAUGUUCAGACCUGGUUAGAACGGAGUGGUACACCUGCUAAAUCCUUCUGUCCUCCACAAGGAAAAAAGUGCAAAAUAUUGAGUCUAUACAUGUAACUGGUUUGGGUGAGUGGGAACGCACAAAAGAUCAUUCAAAGUGGUGUGUAGCUACAGAUCAAAACAGACCUUGGACCUGUAUCGCUGAUGUGAACAGAGCAGAUUCCCAGUUUAAGAGGCGUGGGGGGGGCACUGUGCAUUAUGGACAAAGACAUAACAGAUACAUUCAGCCUUUUUGUGAUGCGUGCAGAGCUUUGUUGAAAUGCAGGAACACAUGAAGGAACAGACCUGGGGGGUGGGGGGAAAAGAAGGAAAGAAGGAAAAGAAGUCAAGUAUCCCUCAGUCUAUCUAAUAAUCAGUGUCCUGACUCGUCAGUGAAGGACUAAAGAAGUUCCUCUCUGAAUCCUGCUUCUCCUCUGUUUGGCUUCUUCUGUGUUUGAAUUCAUCAGUUUAAAUGUUGGUAAAUUGUGUCUGCAGCACUGCUGGAGAACCUGUUCAUGUACAGGUGUUUAAAUGGUCUGAUGUCAUCACUCCAUCAUGAAUGUUGAUGUGGAAGUGAAAUGUCUGUGUUGGAGAAAUGAAAUAAAAUCAGGCAGAAACA